GUUGAUACUCAUGGGUCCUGAGUUGUAAAUACGGAGUAUGCUUUUUGGCGCUCAAGCAGUAAAACCCUACUCUUUAGGAAGUACUGAAGUGGUCGAAUCGUUCAUCGCGUAAGGGUAGCAGUGCAUCUGGAGUUCUGAUUUGGGACGAAAAAUGUCUGGAUUAAGACUCUUCACCGUCAGAAACAGUGCCGGAGAACCGGUCCUAGACGCUGGUAACGGUGAGGAACUAGUGCAUGUAAAACCCGCCGUAUCCCUUGUGCUCGGAAACCACCUUCCUCUAUGCCCUGGCACUCUUUACAUCACGACCAGGCAAGUGGUAUGGUUGAGCGAUACAGAUAAAGAAAUAGGGUAUGCGGUCGAUUUCUUUCAUAUUUCACUUCAUGCCGUGUCAAGGGAUCCUGAAGCUUACCCUUCUCCUUGUUUGUAUGCCCAGAUCGAUAUUGGGGAUGAGGAUGAUGACUUAGAGGGCACUGAUAGUGAGCAUAAUGAAACAUUAGAUGUAUCGAAGAUCACUGAGAUGAGGCUCGUUCCAUCAGAUCCUAAUCAAGUGGAAGAGCUGUUUCAAUUUUUUUGUGAAUGCGCGGAGUUAAAUCCUGAACCUAUUGAAGAGGAGGAACAAGAGCACAAUUGGAUUUUUAGUGCUGAGCAGUUAGAAAACGAGACAGCUGACGGGAUUGAAUCUGAAUGGAUGAAUGGCUCAAUUCCAAUUGGUUGUUCUAAUGGAGAUGACUUAUCUCAUGCAGUGCUUCAGCUUCAAGUUAAUGAUAAUCGAUUUGAGGAUGCAGAAGAGAUGGAUAGUGAUGAUAUUAACCAACAUAGAGGAUCUGCUACCUAGUAGAAACGACAUACAACGAUUUAAUCUAUCAUUCUUGCUAUUAGUACCAUGUCACAUUUCUGUUCGUUAGUACUAAUGACAUGGAGUCAUGGUGUAUGUCAAUUACUAAUUUAACAGAAGCAAGUAGAGUUUGCAGUUCAUUAGCUUUGAAAGUCUGUUGUGUAAUCCAAGUAUGUUGUGCUUUGAUAGCAGCAUCCUCUGCUAAUUGUUAUGUUAUUAUAGAAUUUAGAGCAUGAAGCUCUUAUCUUCUAAUCCUAUUUAAUCAUGUAACAUUCUCCAAAUAAUGUGCAAGAUAUAAAGUAGGCUACAAACUUGUAGUUUUGGUAACA